AUGAAAUUGAUUUCAGUUGAAAUAGUGAAAAUAGAAGUGCCAGAAAUAAUACAGUACGGUGUGCAAGACGCUGUGAUUCUAGACUGUGACUAUGCUUACGGUAACAACACAUCGGGACUGGUAGUGAAGUGGUUUUUCAGAAACAAAGCUAGACCUGUCUACCAAUGGAUCGUGUCGCAAAAGCCACAGGACAUGGGGAUAUUGAGAGGACGUGUUGACUUAGCCUACAGAGCAUCAAGCGAUCCAUUAAAAAUGUACAGAGCACUCCGCAUAGUGAAGCCCAACACCGACAUCUCUGGUGAUUAUACGUGUGUCGUUUCAACAUUCAUGGACGAGGAUUCAAGAACUAAGCAAAUGAUUGUUUUUGAUCGUUGGGCAGAAAAAAUCAGACGCAAUCGAAAUGAUAGCAGUUGGAAGCCCACUAAAAAUACAAAAAUUUGUUCUUUACAUUUUGAGGAUGAAGUAAAGUAUAUUACUAAAGGUGGCCUAUGUAGAUUACGCAAGGGUGCAGUUCCAACUAAGGAUCUACCCGUUUUUAGCACGGAAGAGAAGAGUGAUGAUUUAAGUCAAGAGCAAAAUCAACCUCAGCCGGAAGCCUCAGGUUGUGAGAUGGACAAAAAUGUUAAUCUAAGCGCUUCAAUGACACCUUUAUCUUCAGAACUAGAUUCUAUUUUCGAUUCACCUAAAAAGGCUUCACUACGGAGACAACUAAGAAAAAAGAUCUUGUUGCAACGAAAACACAGUAGAAAGAUUAAGACUCUGAAGCAAAAAAAUCGAAGCUUAAAGAAAAGAAAUGCCACUCUUAAAAAUAUUUUAGUAGAAUUACGGAAGAAAAGAUAUAUUAAUAAUGACAUAUCCAAUAUUUUGUCGGAAAAUGUAUUUGCAGCAGAUUUAUACAGUAGCUUAGCUAAAAAAAAUAUGUAA